AUGUUCUCCGCUGCAUCCUUGUUCACAAUUAUCCUCCUGGCUUUGUCAACCACAGGAUCGCCCGUUGAAGUCAGCAAUUCUCCCAUCACCCUGCCGAUUGCCAGGAGGCUAAGUGCCCUCAAUGCAGUUGGGAUUGGCAGCCCCCCUACAACUUACGACUUGAUUGUCGACACUGGUACCUCGAACACAUGGAUUGGCGCCAAAAAACAGUACGUGGGGACCAGCACCAGCGUCUACACUGGUGCGCCUGUGACGGUCCUCUACGGUUCCGGAUCUGCCUACUUCUCUGGAAUUGAGUACUUGGACACCGUCACUUUCGGUAGUGGGCUCACUAUCCCCCAACAGUCGUUUGGUGUUGCUGCUACUACGUCGGGCACCUUCGGCGGAGCUGACGGUAUCCUUGGCCUCGGGCCUAUAGACUUGACAGCGGGUACCCUGAUAAAUGAACCGGCGACGACGAUCCCGACUGUCACUGACAACCUGCAUAGCCAAGGCACCAUUCAUCGUGAGGUUGUUAGUAUCUCUUUCGAGCCCAUCACUGUAGCGAAGGAAGUGGUUAAUGGAGAACUCACCUUCGGUGGAACUAUCCGUAACAAGCACACCGGUCCCAUCACGUACACUCCUAUCACUACCACCCAGCCUUCAUCGAGGUAUUGGGGUAUCGACCAGAGCAUUUCCUAUGGCUCCACAACGAUCUUGUCCUCCACUGCUGGUAUCGUCGAUGUUGGCACCACUUAUAUUCUCAUUGCCAGCGAUGCUUUCGACAAGUACCAGUCUUUAACCGGUGGUACUCUGGAUGCGGCGACUGGUCUUCUCCUCAUUUCCUCUCCUCAGUACGCAGCACUCGAGAACCUGAACUUCCAUAUUGGCAGCGAAACAUACACUCUCACCCCUAACGGCCAAAUCUGGCCUCGUAUUCUCAACACGUACAUUGGUGGCAGCAGCAACGCCAUCUAUCUCGUUGUUCACGAUAUUGGUACGCCCAGCGGCAAAGGGUUUGACUUUGUUAACGGCUACCCAUUCGCCGAGCGGUUCUACUGCGCAUUCGAUACCUCCCGCUCCCGCGUCGGGUUUGCCCAAACUCCGUAUACUGAUGCCACCACCAACUAA